AUGACGGACUCGGUUGUCGUGGAGGGACAAGUCAGGUUCAGGGAUGGGAAAAAGUGGAAGAGUAGGUGGGUUGCGCUCAGAAAGCCAUCCCCAGUAGCAGACUGCCUUUUACUGCAGGUGUACAAAGACAAAUCAGAGAAAACUAAAGGACACAAGGAGAGGAACAGCAUUACCCUAGAGGACAUCUGUGGCCUUGAACCGGGGCUGUCCUAUGAGGGAGUCAGCUACACACUAGUGAUCAUCUGCUUGAGUCAGGCAGUAGUGCUUGGCUUUGAGAGCAAGGAGGCCCUGUUGGCGUGGGAUAUUCGUAUCCGCUACAGCCUAGGGGAAGUCCAUAGGUUUAGUGUGGGGAUUUUGCCAGGCACCAAGCUGGAGAGUGGGCCAGCAACCCUCCACCUAUGCAACAACCUGCUGGUGAUUGCUAGGGACUUCCCCCCUACAAUCCUUGGACAGUGGAAUCUCCCAGACCUGCGCAGAUAUGGAGCUGUGCCAAAUGGAUUUGUCUUUGAGGGGGGUACACGCUGUGGCUACUGGGCUGGUGUUUUCUUUCUGUCCUGUGUGGAGGGGGAGCAAAUCAGUUUUCUGUUUGACUGCAUCGUUCGGGGAAUGUCCCCGACCAGAGGCCCCUUUGGACUGCGGCCAGCCCUGCCAGAUCUGAAUGUCAACCCAGCCUGCUUGGAGGAGCAGGUGAACCAUGAAGCCGAGGAACUGGAGAAACGUCUCAGUCUGCUCUCUCAAAACAGUCAGCAGAGCAGCACAGCAGAUGACAGGAGCAUCUCCAGCUCCUCCGACACCUCUGACAGCCACUCAGACACCAGCACGGGCAGCCGCCUGGCUGUGUGGAUGGAGCCAGGGAUGAGUCCUGGCCCCGUGGAGCCACCAAGCACAUCAGCAGUUAAAGGUGCUGAGCAUGCUGAGGUGAAGCAGUGCACCGGCAUUGCGGGUGGACCUCGGCCACCACCCAAGCCCCCCUGCUCCAGGACCCUGUGUGAAAUCGGGCGCCAGAGCUCCUCGGACAGCGGCAUUGCAACGGGGAGCCACUCAUCCUAUUCCGGAAGCUUCUCCUCGUACACUGUGAGCCUGGACAUCUGCCAGGGGGAUGAACUUGGUUCCCUGCUCAGCCUGCCGGUGAACUUUGCGCCGGAUCAGAGUCCGUGUUCCUGCCAGCUUAGAGAACCCACUCAGGACCUGGAGUCAGAGUAUCAGCUUCCAUACUCUCUCAGGCAUGUCUAUGACAGGCCCAGGACCCUACCCCCAGGAAUACCCAAGGGCCCCAAUCCCAUUCUGUCACAUGACCAGGCCACAUGCUUGCCUUUCAUUCCUGAGCCAGAUGGGGGCAGCAAAGAGCAGGGCGAGGUUUGCGCUAACCCCAUUUCGACAGUAUCGGCCUCACAGAAAAAGGGACAGGUGCUGAAGUCCAAGAACAGUGAAAGUCUGCCCUCAUCUGAGGUUUCCUUUCCCCCCUAUGUGAAACCAAAGAGGAGGGAGAGGCAUAAAGCUGAUGUGGGCUAUGAAAUCAUGGACGGGCUGGGGGUGGAGAAGACAUCAGAGCCAGAAGACAGAAGCAGCUAUGAGCCGAUGGCCAGUUGUGGACAACAGAAGAUCUUUCAUGAGACAGAAGAUCCUAAAGCAAGCUAUGAGCAUAUGGCCUCCUCUGUUGAUGUGCCAAAGAGAUGUGACUGGACACUAGGAGAGUUGGUGGACGCGACGGUGCCAGACAAGUCUCGCAGUGAUGGAGUAACUUAUGUUAAUAUUCCUGUCAGCCCUGCAUUCAACAAACAGCUCCACUACAUGGAGCUGGAACUCCAGGAUCCCGGCUCUGAAGUCAGAGGAGGGGGCUCAACUAAGUACGCCCAUAUAGACAUCGCUGCCACGGAGACGGCUCACAGAGUGGGGACCCAGCAUGCCCAGUGCCGCGAGGACGGACUGAUGGAGCUGGAGCAGAAGAAAAGGGGGACACUGUAG